AUGUUGCUUCGUUUGGCGCUGCUUGUAAUGGCGGUGGUCGCUGGAACCGCGGCUGCCCGUGACAAAAAGUACGCACUAUCAGUCAAGUUCAUUGAAGAAAUCAACACAAGAGCAACGACUUGGAGGGCGGGUCAAAAUUUCCAUCCGGACUCUUCGCUCACCUAUAUUCGCGGAUUGAUGGGUGUACAUCCGGAUGCGUACAAGUUCCGUGAGCCGGAGUACCUGCACGAUCUCUCGGAGGGUGACGAUUUGCCCGAUAACUUUGACUCGCGUGAACAGUGGCCAAACUGUCCGACAAUUCGCGAAGUUCGAGACCAGGGAUCGUGCGGUUCGUGCUGGGCUUUCGGAGCCGUUGAAGCAAUGUCUGAUCGUGUUUGCAUCGCUUCCGGUGGUAAAGUCCAUUUCCGCUUCUCGGCCGAUGAUCUCGUAUCUUGUUGUCAUACAUGCGGUUUCGGUUGCAACGGAGGCUUCCCGGGAGCGGCGUGGAGCUAUUGGGUGCACAAGGGUCUGGUCAGCGGCGGACCCUACGCCUCCAACCUCGGCUGUCGUCCGUACGAGAUUGCGCCCUGCGAGCAUCACGUCAAUGGUACACGUCCAUCGUGUGAGGGCGAAGGUGGCAAGACCCCCAAGUGCGAGAAGAAGUGUCAGGCCAGCUACAGCGUGCCGUAUGCGAAGGACAAACGAUAUGGGGCCAAGUCCUACUCAAUCAAUCGCCAUGAAGACCAGAUUCGUAAGGAGAUCAUGACAAACGGACCAGUUGAGGGCGCAUUUACGGUUUACGAAGAUCUGCUGAACUACAAGGAUGGUGUUUACCAGCACGUUACGGGCAAGAUGCUGGGAGGGCACGCAAUUCGUAUCCUCGGAUGGGGCGUCGAAAAUGACACCAAGUACUGGUUGAUUGCCAACUCGUGGAACAGCGAUUGGGGUGAUAAUGGCUUCUUCAAGAUUUUGCGAGGCGAGGAUCAUCUCGGCAUCGAAAGUUCGAUCUCGGCGGGUUUACCAAAGUUGUGAAAUGGAAAAGUGGCAACUUUGUAUCAGCCUUUUUAUAGGGCACUUACAAUACACAUUCCAAGGGCAGAGAAGGUAGGAAUUCCCUCCCUUUAAAAGAAAACAUUGUAACGUGUACUUGUAACAUAGUGAAAAAUUGAAUAAAAUGGUUGAAUGUGUUUACCUAGUA